CAAACAAUGAAAAUUAUUCUCUCAUCACUUUCAACCUCCCUCCCCAAUUUUAUUCACCGGUAAAUCUUUUUCUUUUUCCCUGCACAAAAACCGCACUGUUCGUCGAUUGAUUGCUUUUCAGGAUUUUCCUCUCUCUCUCUCUCUUUUCAAAUUUAGUUUAAAAAAAAUAUGAAACGAAUGCCUAAACAGGAAACUUGGAUUGGCAUUCCUGGUGAUGGGAGAUGUUUGUUCCGGUCAGUAAUUCAUGGUGCUUGGCUGAGGUCAGGGAAGCAGUCUCCAAGUGAGAGCUGUCAGAAAGAUCUUGCUGAUGAACUCAGAGAUAAAGUUGUUGAUGAAUUCAUCAAGAGGCGGGCAGACACUGAAUGGUUCCUUGAGGGUGAUUUUGACAACUAUGUUGUGCAGAUGCGGCAGCCUCAUAUUUGGGGAGGAGAACCUGAGCUGCUAAUGUGCUCACAUGUCCUACAGACCCCAAUAACAGUUUACAUGAGGGAUAAGAAUGCGGGUACCCUCAAAAUUAUAUCCGAGUAUGGUCAAGAGUAUGGUAAGGAAAACCCCAUCAAAGUUCUGUAUCAUGGUUACGGACACUAUGAUGUAUUGAUGAGUCCAGAAAACAGUGCCUCUUCUAAACCCAGGUGGAAGAAAAGAUGACUUGGGGAUAAUUGCACCCUAAAACAAGUGAUGCUAGGAAUUCUGUACUGUAAUGCCGUUGUGAAUGUAAUGAUACGAACUGUACCAAGUUCUUGGGAGUAAAAUUCUCAUUUAUGGAUUCUAAAUAAUCUUAUGUGAAAUGGCCUGAUUUAGAUCAAAGGUCCAUGACCUUGCAAAGAACAAA